CAUUGACCCAACUCCAUCCACCCUGGACGGCUCACACCUGCGCCCCAGAGGAAAGUCACACGACGCCACCGAUCCCGACGCCUGCUCUCGAUACAUUACCGGGCAACUCGACACUCGCUCGUCCACAAAAUAGAGCCAUCGAAUCAUCGCCGCGACUCUUGUGCAUUGAAUUACCGACCGACGAAACCCCCCUUCCCUUUCCCGCUAGAGAGAGCGCAAACGCAGGGACGAGCACGCGUGGCCAUGGCACCGCCACCCGAAAUCGCCAUCCCAUCGACGAGCGUCUCCGAAGAGGGCUCGUCCAAGCCCUACACGCUCUACAACAUCACGCUCCGCCUGCCGCUCCGCUCUUAUAUCGUCCAGAAGCGCUACUCCGACUUCGCGAGCCUCCACGCGGCCCUCGUCGAGCACGUCGGUGCGCCGCCGCCGCACCCGCUGCCUGGCAAGCACUGGCUCAAGUCGACCGUCUCGUCGCCGGCGCUGGCGCGGGAGCGGCAGCUCGGCCUCGAGAAAUAUCUGCGCACCAUUGCAGAGACGCCCGACCGCCGAUGGCGCGACACGUCGGCGUGGCGAUCCUUCCUCAACCUGCCCAGCGUGGGCAGCACCACGAGCUCCGCCGUGUCCGCGGCGGGCAUGGUGGGCAACGCGGCAGCGGGCGCGGCCGACCCCGGCACGUGGCUGGAUAUGCACCGGGAGCUCAAGGUCUGCCUGCACGAGGCGAGGCAGUGCCUGUCGCGACGGGAUGGGGCCGCCGAGGGGAGCAACAGUACGGCCGUAGCCGAGGCGGGUACCGGGGCGAAGAGAGCGCUCGUCAAGGCGGGAAGCCUCGUGGCGACGUUGACGGACGGGUUGAGGAAGAUUCAGGAAUCGGCCCGGCUGGGCGACGGGGAGCUGCGGAGGAGGCGGGACCUGGUCUCGGCGGCACGCAUGGAGCGCGACGUCCUGGAGAAGCUCUCCAACAACAUGCCCUCGUCAGCAUCAUCCAACGGACGCGGUGGCAGCAGCGCGCAGGGCCCGCCCUCGGCGUCGGAAAAGGCGACGCUGCUACGCGGCGGCAAGCCGGCUGGCGGGCGUGUGCUUGGGGCGCCGCUGCCGGAGACGGAACGGACUAGAGAGCUGGACAACACGGGGGUGCUGCUGCUGCAGAAGCAGGAGAUGGCGGCGCAGGACGAGCAGCUGGAGCAGCUGACGGCCAUCAUCCGGCGGCAGCGCGAGAUGGGCCUGCAAAUCAACGAAGAGGUGGAGGCGCAGAGCGAGAUGCUCGACCGCAUGGAGCAGGACGCGACGCGCCUCCAGGGCAAGGUCAACGUGGCGAACAACCGCAUCCGCAAGAUGUGACUGGCCGCCGCGGUGCUGGGCUGGGCGCUGAGAGCCGUGCUCGUUACGCUCGAGGCCGUCGCGUGGUGCCUCUGGCUGGCGGCACGGGUCGCGGGCGGGCUGUCGUGGCUGGGCGAGGCGCUUCUGAUUCUGCUGGGGAGCAUGGCCCCCUAACGAAUCAUCCCGCCACCUACGUACUCAGCUGCUAAUAUGGUAUUCGCUCAUACGUGCGAAGUAUGUGAGAAUACUUAGGACAGAUGGUCUCGUCAGCUGGGGCGGGGUGGGACGGGAUAGGGUGGAAUAGCAGGCGUCUUCUUUUAUGUUGGAUUUCCCCAAGGGUACCGCGAAUGCUGUUUGCGACGAGCGAAUCGAGCGGGAGCCCAGGGCAAGAGCGUUUUCGCUGCUCAUCAGGCGUGGGUCACUCUAUGGUGGUAUCGCGGAGGUAAUGCGGAGAGUCCUGCAUGAAGUCUGCCUCUGCCCCGUUGUACUGGAAGUGUAUGGAAUUGACGAGGGUCACACACACAUAUACGUAUGUAGUGUGUACUUGUAUUCAUACCUGCAGCACUAUAUGCAGCGCAUAUGAACCAACUUACGAGCCAGCGACUUGGACAGUCCGAACGUCUUUGUGAUGUCUGCUUGUACUACAUACAUGUAUAUACGGACAGUAUAGUGCGCGUAAGACGAGAUGAAUAGACGGG